AUGAAUUUUUCCCAGUUUUUAUCUAAAACUUUUUGCCUUAAAUCUGCUAUAUGUUUUACAGGAAAUUUAAAUUUUCUGGCACACAAUAAAAGAAGCAAUAAACUAAGAAUAAUAAAAGUCUUGCCAAUUGAAUCUGAUCAAGAAAGCGAUGUUUCUUCUUUAGACAGCAAUCCUGAUAGCUUGAAGUCUGAAGACGUUUUUAACGGAGAAACUGAAAAUGGUAAAGAUAAUCUGGAAAACGAUGAUAACAUCUCUCCUGAGCCAAUCGAGCCUCUAAGUGCGGCAGAUGAGCGUCGACACGCCAGGUACUGGCAGCGGAUGGUGUUGCCUGGUGGAGAACAACGCACUAUUGAUAUGCGUGUUAUCGAACCUUACAAAAGAGUGCUCUCUCAUGGUGGAUACCUCAGAGCAGGAGGCCACACUGCUAUUGUGCUGUUUUCCGCUUGCUUCUUACCUGAUAGGUCGAGAGUGGAUUAUGAUUAUGUGAUGGACAACCUGUUCCUGUAA